UGUCAUACUAAUCAGUUUAUCUUCAAUAGUCUUAACGUUUCUCUUGUUUUCUAAAAACAAACCGAGCUGUCAAAUAUACCGGAAACGGAAACAAUGUCACAGAGUCAGAGCCAGCUGACAGCGGAGAAGAUGUUUUGAAAUAUUAAAAUGCUCAUAUGAUAUAUGUUAAGGUUUUUUAUUAUGAUAGAUCAUUUUUUAAUAAAAUAUAUUCAUUUUAUAAUGUUUUCGAGCUUCUUGAAAAGUACGUUAUCAAUGAAAUGUAUUAUUAUUUUAACAGUAGUCUGGCUGAGCGGAAAUGGACAGCGUCCUGUUGCUGGCAUUCCCGUAUUGUGCUCCCCCUCAAACUCGGAAACUAGGCAGUAUGGCAAGUUUUGAAGAGGACUUUGACGGCGCUGUAAAGCUAGCAUGUUUGGCUCUUUCCGUCGAAAAUUGUAAAGAACUUCAAAAGAUUUGCUGACAGCAUUUGCUGAGGAAGAAAGAUGUUCUUGCCUGUUUUCCCACAGGCUAUGGCAAAGGUCAUUGGAGUCGCUACGUGUGAGUUGUGGAGAUGCUGGCUCACGAGGUGACCGGGAGCUCGCUGUUCUCCGGGUUCCGUGCGCUCGGGCUGUACUCUAACCACCUCCCGCACGUGCUGAGGUACCACGCGAGGCACCGGGAGUUCUACGUGACCACGGCGGUGGGAAACCGUUUCCACACCUAUAAUGUUAAGAAGCUGGGCAUCGUUGCUGUCAGUAAUGCUCUCCCAGGGGACAUCUCCUGUCUUGCGGCUGACAGGAUGUUGGUGUUUGCUGCUGUUGGUCGAGAUGUCUAUGCCUUUGCCCGCAACAAGGAGAUAGUCCACCACUACUCGCACGCACAUGCCUCAGACGUCCACCUCUUAUUGGUUCUGGGAGACACGCUGGUGUCGGCUGACCGUGACGGACUCCUGCUAGUCUGGGACGUCCCCACUCAGGAGGAGUACCUGCGCCUGACCUUUGACCCAGCCACCUUUGACCUAUCUGCCCUGGCCCACCCUAGCACCUACCUGAACAAGGUGUUGUUGGGGAGUUCCCAGGGUGCUUUGCAACUCUGGAACCUCAAGACCAAUAAAUUGCUGUACUCCUUCCAAGGCUGGUCGUCAGGGGUUACAGCUCUUCAGCAGAGUCCUGCAGUGGACGUGAUGGGCGUCGGCUUAUCCUCUGGACGAAUCCUCCUUCAUGACAUCAGAGCUGACAAGACGCUGAUGUCCUUCAGUCAAGACUGGGGACCUGUCACCACACUCAGCUUCCGCACUGACGGCCCUCCCAUCAUGGCGGCCGGCGGGCCUGGUGGUCACAUGGCCUUCUGGGACCUGGAGAGCCGUCGCUUGGUAACGCAGCUGAGACACGCCCACCGCUCUGCUGUGGCCGGAGCAACCUUCCUACCCAGCCAGCAGCUGCUACUCACCAAUGGAGCGGACAAUGCCCUCAAGGUGUGGGUGUUUGAGCAGGAAGGGGGCGUUGCCAGAUUGCUACGGAGUCGUCAGGGCCACAGUGCUCCUCCCACCACCAUACGUCACCACGGCAAUGCUGGCCGGGACAUCCUGAGUGCUGGUCAGGAUGGGUCACUACAGUCUUUCUCCAGCGUCCACGAGCGCUUCAACAAGAGCCUGGGACACGGCUCUGCCAACAAGAAGAUGACCAAGAAGAAAGGGUUGAAAUUUGAAGAGAUUCUGCUUCCACCAAUCACCUGCUUUUCUUCAGAGAGUGCACGUGAGGGCGACUGGGACGGUGUGGUGGCACUGCACCGCGGUGAGGCGGCCGCGCGCACCUGGAACUACCAGCGGUGCACCAUGGGAAAACACCGCCUGGCCCCGCCCGCUGACCGCCUGGACAACGCCCGCCUCAGCAACGUGCACACAACGGCGGUUGACAUUACUUCCUGUGGGAACUUUGUUCUGAUUGGUUGGUCAUCUGGUCACCUGGACGUUUACAACCUGCAGUCUGGCAUCCACCGUGGUCACUACGGCAACCCCACUGCACACGUGGGAGCCGUGCGUGGCGUGUGCGUGGACGGUCUGAACCAGCGCGUGUUCAGUGUCGGGGCCGACUGCCUCCUCAGGGCCUGGCGCUUUAAGACCCGUAGCCAUGACGACCCCGCCCACCCCCCUCAGCUUGACAGCGCCCCCUCUCUGCUGCGCCUCCACCGAGACAGCGGUAUGCUAGCGCUGGCGCUGGACGAUCUGACGCUAGUCGUUAUCGACACAGAAACCGGACGCGUUGUCCGGAAGUUCUUGGGUCACAGCGGGAAAAUAAACGACCUUACCUUCAGUCCAGAUGGCCGCUGGCUGAUAUCGGCAUCGAUGGACUGCACCAUCAGAACCUGGGACUUGCCUUCUGGCUGUAUGGUGGACUGCUUUCUGUGUGAGACGGCUGCGGUCAGUGUCUCACUCUCUCCUAUCGGAGACUUCCUCUCCUCGGCCCAUGUGGACAGCCUCGGGAUCUACCUCUGGUCCAAUAAGAGCAUCUAUAGCCUGGUCUCACUCCGCCCUCUUCCUGCUGACUACCAGCCAGUGACGGUGAGCCUCCCUGGCUCCUCCCCCAGCCCUGACGAGGAGGGACACGGGGAGAGCUGUGUUACCCUGGGCGACGAGGACGAGGACCAGAUGGCGUCUGCCUGCUGGGACUCCCAGGAGCAGCUGGAGCGUCACCUGGUCACCAUGACAUCACUUCCUGAGUCCCGCUGGAGGAAUCUGUUCAACCUAGAUGUUGUUAAGAGGAGGAACCAGCCCCAGCAGCCCCCCCAGCGACCAGCCGCUGCCCCCUACUUCCUGCCCACUGUCUCGGGCCUUCAGCCCAGCUUCCAGACCCCCGAGGCCCCGGUCAACCAGUCUAAGGUUUUGAGGCUCGGAGCUAUGGCGCAAAAAACAGCAUUCAGCAUCGCCUUGGAAACCGCGCUGGAUGAUGGAGACUAUGGCGCUCCUUUGGCGUUGCUGAAGUCUCUGGGACCUUCUGCCGUGGACCUCGAGCUGCGCGGCCUCUCUCCUGACCUAGGCUCCUCCCCCCAGCCAAGCUCCGCCUCCCAGCUCCUAGUGGCCUUCCUCCAGAUGCUGGAGGCCAUGUUGGAAGAGAGGCGGGACUUCGACCUGGCCCAGGCCUACCUGGCCCUCCUUCUCAAGCUUUACCUGCGGCCGUUGGCGGCUGACCCUCUUGCCGUUGCGACCUUGCAGCGUCUCCUCGGGCGCCUGGAGACGAUAUGGGCGGAGCUCCGCGUCUCAUUUGACCAAUCGCUGUGCCUGCUGACCUACACCAAGACCGCACUGCUCUGAGGCUGCUGGCGCCAUGCUUUCAUUUUGAUACGCAGAAGACAUGCCACUAUAAGUGUAUAGUGUGUGUGUGAGUCCUUGUCUCUCUGGCUAUGAACACAUCCCAACAUCAGAGCAAUAGUCAGGACCUAUGACUCUAUACAACCUAUAUAUAUAUAUAUCUGUUACUCUUAAAUUGGUAUAUCUUGACGAAUUGUAAUGUUUGUUUGUUUUGUAUUUUACCCAUUGUUGUCCUGCCUCCCUGGUCUUAUUACCUUUGCCAAAUGUGUUUUGACAUAAAUAAAGGAUUAAUAAAAAAUUGACUAAUAAACGACAUACAACAGCUCAGCUAUAAAAUUACCAUUUUAUGAAAUAUUCCAACCUAGGAUGGACCUUUCAAAGGGGAACAAACUGACUAUCCUUUUGUCUGUAUCUUUAAAUGCUAAUGAGGAGGAGAGAGGCCGGUCUAGGUGGAGGGUGGGGGUGUGGCCCUGAGCAGCUUGCGGACACGGUACAGGGGGAGCAGGAUACCCAGUGCUCGUUUUACAGCUAACGCCAUUUCUAGCCACUGGGGGACCAUGGGCAGGCUAGGGGAACCCAUAUUAAUGUGAGAAAACCUCAUAAAGGGACAUUUUCAUGCCAUGGGACCUUUAACUACAGUAUAACGUGGAACAAAUACUAAUAAAUAUAUUCUAGAUAUACUAGAUUACAUUAACUCUAUCAUAUUCGUUA